AUGCUACAAAAUAAGAGUGAUCAAAGGGAAGACUCCGAUGAAAAGAUGGAUACAGCAUCAUCAAAAUACAGUACACCAAACUCUAAUUCUUCAGAAUUUGAAGACUCCACAAUGAAUAGUUUAACAACAAAAAUGUUAGAAACAUCCAUAAAUAAAAACCAAUGCACUUUAACAUUAACAACUAAUCAUCCCCUAAUGGGUCUUGCGAGUCCAGAUGAGAAAAAGGAUGAGAAAUAUGAUGAUAGUCUAUCAAGCAUAGAGGCAGAUAAAAAUGGUUAUAGCCUAUAUUCACCGCAAAAAAAUAGUUCAAAAAGUAAUUUGUAUGUGUCAGAAUAUGUGACUGCUGAGUUCAAUGGUUUAAAGCCGAGCAGGAAAAUUAAACCAGACAUAGCAAUGUCACCGGGGAUUCCAGACAAUGUUAUUUCCAGGUUUGAGAGUAGGGUUGGAAAACGGAGUACACCGAAAAUGGAACAGGAACGUUUUUCAGAGGCAACGGAAUGGUGUGAUUCACCCUCAAAUGUUCGGCCUAAUUUUGAUUUACCAAUGGAAAUGUCGAGCGGAAUCAAUCAAGUUCAGAAUGGUCACAAUUCAGAAAUAUGGAGUUAUGACAAGUCAUAUGUUGCUCUAAUGGAUGUGUAUUCGGGGUCUGUAGCCCUUAGACCGGAGGUCUUUAACCCACCACCACCGAAGCGAAAAAUACAAAUUCCGCCUUUGGACGACACGUGUAGUAUAGGAAGUGAUUGCUCCAUAGAAUCCGAACCAGAAAAGGAUAUCGUAGACCCACCAAGCGAAGAUGAGACACAGCGAUCCAAGUCCACAGCAACCGCUAGUGAGUGUAGUGAUCAAAUACCAGAGUAUUCGGCGAGUGAAGAAUAUCGGGAUGAGAGGUCGUGGCUCCAUGUGCAGCAUAGUGGGGUUAAUGCUAAUUGUGAUAUGAAGGUUAUCGAACCGUUUAAACGCGUUAUAUCACAUGGGGGUUAUAGCGCCGACGGCGCAGCGAUAAUUGUGUUCAGCGCGUGCUAUUUACCAGAUAAUGCAAGACCGGAUUAUAGAUAUGUUAUGGAUAAUUUAUUUUUGUACGUGAUAUGGAGUCUGGAACGCCUGGUCACCGAUGAAUACAUACUGGUAUACCUCCACGGAAGUGCGGGCAAACGCCGGAUGCCGACAUUCGCCUGGCUGCACGAGUGUUACAAACUGAUUGACAGGCGUUUACGAAAAAAUCUGAAACAUCUUUAUCUCGUGCAUCCAACGUUUUGGUUGAAAUCAUUCGUCGUUAUAACUAAGCCGUUCGUUAGCUCAAAGUUCUUUCGCAAGUUGAACUAUGUAAAAACUCUGGACGAGCUGUUCAGAAAAGUGCCCGUCGAGCCCAACGCAAUACCCGAGAGCGUCAAACACUUUGACAUACAUCGCAGAUAG